UUCGUCAGACGCCUUAUCGACAAAGACCAGAAGACAUUUUCACCGUGGAAGUACUCGCUCGCAUGUAGCAAGUACAAAACAGGGAUGGCGCGGUACCGCAGUUUGCCGCUAAUGGCGCUAGCGUCGUUCCCGGGCAGCGGAAACACGUGGGCGCGCUACCUAAUAGAGGGCGCCACCGGCGUCUUCACCGGCAGCGUCUACAACGACCGUGGCCUCGCCGACAACGGGUUCUACGGCGAGACGGUCAGCGAGUCAUCGGGCCGCACUCUGCUCCAGAAAACGCACGGCUACACGCUGCUGACGGAGCCGACUCCCUCCUGGAGCUCGCGGAGGCGGAUGGUGGAGCGGCACGGCCGGCGUGCCGUGGUGCUCAUACGCAACCCCUACGAGGCACUGAUCUCCCUCCGCAACUUCGCGGCGGGCCACCUUGGCUAUGCAGCCGACAAACACUUCCAAGGAGAAACAUGGAGUUCUUGGGUGACUUUGAAAGCAAAUCACUGGCGAGACUUCUAUAUGGACUGGCUGAAUAUGACAUCGCUGGCACACGUCAUUCAUUUCGAAAACCUCCGACAUGAUCACGUUUCAGAAAUGCGGAAACUUUUGCGGUGA